GUUGCUGCCCUCUACGUUCGUUGGUUCCACUUACAUGUAUUUGGAAACGCUGACCUGUCUCUCUUUAACUUUCUGAAUCCUGAGACUGAGUACCGGUAACCUGAAUUAAAUUAUGGACCCUAAGUCGCUGAUCGAAGGUAAGAGUUCUGUGAAGAUGAAUAGCAAACGCAAAACGAAAACCUGGAAUAAUGAUGAUCUGGUGGUUGCCUUUCAAACCAUGAAAGCGCAAGGGAUGUCAAUACGCAAAGGCGCCAAGGCCUUUGGAAUACCAUACAGCACCCUGCGUGACAAGUCCUGUGGCAGAACACCGCUCUUUGCUACCAGAGGACCCAAACCUUACCUCAAUAAAGAAGAGGAAGAGAAGAUUGUGGACUGGGCUAACGAAAUGGCAAGCCAGGGUAACCGUCAAUCCAAAGCGGAUAUCCAAAAGGUUGUUAAAGCAUUCCUUGAAAGUGAUGGUCGCCAGCAUCCGUUCUUAGACAACUUACCAGGGGAAAGAUGGUGGAGAAGUUUUUUGAAGAGAAACCCUAACCUAGUAUACCGGCAGAUGCAAACAGGCAAACGAGCGACCCCACAUAAAGGCUUCCCGAAGGUAUUAGACGAUAGGAUCGAGAUGUGGUUUACUGAAUUCGAGGCACGUCUGCAGAAGGAGGGACCACUCCCCAUGCUGGCCAAUCCUCAAAGGUUUUGUGGUGAACAGAGACAAUCAUCUGUUGAUAGAGUAUUAAAGAGCUUUCCUGCAUCAUCAACAUCCACACCAGGUCAAGCACAGUCAGAGCCAGGUCAACCACUGUCAGCGCCAUCCACAUCGUCAGCACUGCCACAGGAGUCACAAGAUGUUGUCCAGACAUGUCAAAGCAAUGAAACCUUCUCUCCAUGCAAGGGCACGUCUGAAGACCAAAGGGAGAAAAAAGGACCCUCUUCUCCAGCUAUCACCGUAGACGAAUUCUUCCUGUACAUUCGUUGUAGAAGAUCAGUAGAGAACUGGAAACAGGAGGAGGUUGAUAAGAGAAAGAUGGCAGAGAAUGAACAGAGGGAAACGGUAGAACAGAUGGAACAAGAGACAGAACAUGAGACGGUUAGCGAUGCGGAUGAUGCGGACACAGGUGGGGAAGGAAUGGACUCUGCAGAACCAGUGGUGAUUCUGAGUAAGGAAGGAGAUUGUGUGUCUGAAGUCACUGUAGCUACAAGUUCUCUAGAAGGCAUAUUGGAACAGGAGCGGAAGAAGCGAGUAAGCCCAAGAAAGAGAUCACUGGAAGUCAGCAUGUCUGAGAAACGGCAUAACAUCAAGGCACGGACAGAGUACAAGAUGGUAAAUGAUGCUAAUGAAGAGAACACUGGUGAUAGAGUAAUGAAACGGGAGCCAAAGAAGCGAGGGCCAGGAAGGCCAAGGAAGACAUCGCAGCAAGUGAGCAAGACCGAGAUUCAGAAGAACAUCAAAGCACAGGUUAUCGAGAUAAUGAACAGCUUAUUCAAUGUUGACGUGGAAGAGAUGAUGACAUUGCAAAAAGAGAAAGCAAAAAAAGCGAAACAAGUUAAAAUGAAAGGAAUGGAAAAAAGAAAAGACCAGAAGCUACCAAGCAAGGAGAACAUUGAGCAUGAAAGUGAUGCUGGCGAAUCGCGGAAGGAACUGAUUGUAGAAGCUACAGACAAGGUCAGAGCAGUGCCAAAUAUAAAGACCGUAACUAGUCAUAUAAAUGAAAUCUUUGUUUGCCCUGCUUGUCAGAAAUCCAGCGGAGACAAUGAAGCAUGGAUUAGAUGUGAUCACUGUGUAAGAUGGUUGCAUCUAUCCUGUACAAGUAUGCAUUUGUUGCGAGGUGUCGACCUCGCAGGCUUUGAUUAUAGAUGCAAAUACUGUUGACGUAUGACAUUGACAUUUCUCUACAAAAUAUUUCUUCGUGACUGAAUAAAGUAUGGACACAAAUUCCUUGCUAUUAUACAUGUAAGUGAGAUUACAUUUUGAGCAUGGAGUAUUUUUCCCGAUGGUCCGGGGGUAUUUCAAUAUUUUUUAGCCUGGACUGGCAAGUUAAAAUCUCCAGCAGAAGCUGAAAGUGAAUAUUUUUAAUAUUAAAGCACUCCAAGCUACACAAGUACAAUUUAGGUUUUACAUUUAUGUUGAAAAGAUGAAUUAUUUUCUUGAUUUACAAUUUACAAAUGUGUUUUUGUUAAUCUGUAGUGGAUAAUAACACUGACAAUAAUUAAUAUUUGAACUGACGAAAGCUUCUAGCUAUUCAGUUUUUUUUUUGAUAAUUUCUUUUUUUGGUGGGGGGGAGGGGGAACACAACAAUGGAAUCCCCCUCCCAAUGAACAAAGGACGCCAAUGCCCGAGUUCUCCACCAUGUUGUAUAUUAUGUGUUGGAUGAUUCUUAGAUCGUGUUGCUAUUUCAAUGUUGCCCUUUUGUGUUGCUCUUUUGUAGGAAAGGCAAAGCACCUUUGCCUUUAGUUCUCAAAUUUAUUGGAACCAUGGAAAAUCUGUACGACUUAACCCUAUCUAGGCCGGGGUAUUUUGGGAGUUCAUAUGGCCAGGGGGGGCCUCCCAAGCUCCCCCUUGAGAUCUCCGCCGUUGGCUGCGCGAUCGCGCCGAAAAUUGGCACACAGGUUGUCUGGGACAUAAUCUACAAAAUUGUUUAGUAAUUUAUUUCAUGAAAAUCGCUAUUACUGUAAGUGAUUAUAAAAAUUUAUGCGUAAUUAGUAUGCGAAAUCAUACUUUUCCCUCUAACUCCCUAAAUAAAGCUCCAAAUGUUCUAAUUUUUGGUUUAGAAACUCUUUGUGGUGUAAAAUUGUGAUAUCAGAUCAAUUUCUUAUGUAUUAUAUUGUUUUUGCAAUUUCUUAUGUAUUUCUUUGUUUUUUGGACCUUUUGUUUUUCAAUGUUUUUUCAAUUGAAAUUUGUUGGGGACUCUUCUGAGAUCAUAAACAGCACAAAAUAAAUACAUUUGGACCAGCAAAACUAAAAAUAAUCAUACAUUUAUGAUUUUUGGUUGAAAACCCAGUUUUCAUUGACUUUGUACACGAAAUCACAUUUUUAAAAGCAAUUUUGAGGCUGACAUGCACUUACAUAAUGUUGCGUAAUUUCGGAACCGCGUACCCGGGUGACGCAAAACUGGUCUCAAAAGUUGCGAAAGAAUUGAAAGUAAAAAGUCAGCGAGCGGUGCGGUCAAAAAAAUUCGCGCGGCGAAAAAAUUGCGCGAAUCGUUGGGGGGGCCUCUGAGGCCCCCCCCCCCUGGCCUUGAUAGGGUUAAAGGGGAAGUUCACCCUGACAGAAAGUUAAUUGUAAAAAUAGCAGAAAAAAUAGUAAAAGAUAUUGCUGACGGUUUGAGGAAAAUCCAUCAAAGAAUAAAAAUAUUAAAAUUUUAAUUAUUUGAUUUGUUAUGUCAUCUGCGAGCAGCUUUUCUGGAUAUCAUAUGGUUAAAAAUCAAUGAAAUGUCAUUUUCUCAUAUUAUUAGAAAUGGUUUUUAUUGUACCUUUGUACAUCAAUGGACAAAUCAUUGCACACCUGUUCCUAAAAAUAAAAAAUAAUUAAGUCAUCACAAACCAUUAAGAAAAUGGAAAUUUAUGCAUUUUAUAUUACAUAACAUAUAUAGAACAGGUGCUUGUAUGACGUCACAAGUACAAAACUUAAAUUUCUAAUAACUUUUUUAAUCAUUCAUUUUUUUCCUCAAACCUUCAAUAUUUUUGGUUAUCAUUUUUGUUUCUAUACCACAAACUUUUCUUCGGGGUGAACUUCCCCUUUAGGACAGAUUCAACUUUGAAGAGAUACAUAUUUCACGUUGUGUAUAAUGUGGUAUAAACAGUGCUAUGCAUAUCUUUAGUGAGCGAGCUGAUGAUUUUAUAUUCCCACUUAUUUUGUAUUUCAUGAUAUGAAAUUAUAUUCAUUCAAAUUUUGUCCACCAAGAAUGAACAAAACUGGAUAUACAACUAAUUUCAUGUGUAAGAUAUUCAUAACUUCAACUUAUUUUGUCACUAUAAAAAAAAAAAGCGUUUGAGAAAAUUUUAAUUAGUAUUAUUACCAUAGGGUAUAUGGUACUGUCUCUCUGACGAAAAGCUUGUUAUUGUUCACUAUUAAUUUUUUUUAAAUGUUAUUUGAAACUUCUUGAGAUUGGCUUAUUUCAAACUACUGAAUUAUUCCUUUUACAAAUUAAAUAUAUUCUAUUCCUCUAAAUUUGUUUACUUAUUUUUUUUUUUAUAAUGCAAUUCAAGCAAAAUAUAAAAUAUAGAUUAUGCAUUUGUUUUUUAUUAGAAAUAAUCAGAACCUAAUUUUGAGGGGGGGAGUAUUGCCAUUACACGGUGUUUGUGAUGUACAUAUAAGUCUGCGUUCAUGGAACAUGGAUGGAGUGAGUAGGGGUGGCCGCAACAUCUGGAGACAACCGGGGGGGGGGGUACCUUUCUCAAAAACGUUUUGCAUAUUUUAGUUUGAGGAGAGGAAAUUUUUUGAGUUAGAUCCUCUUUUUUUUUGCAUAUUAUAUAGCAUUUCAAAUUUAAAGGGAAAUGUCCCCCUUAAGUCAUGUUUGUAAUGAUAAAAGCAGAAAACUGAGAAAAAUAUUUAAUAAAGGUUUGGCAAAAUCCA